UGAAUAGCCGGGAUGAAAAGGUGUUUACAAAAUGUGUUCAUUGUUGUUACUGACAAGGACGUAAAUAUUUUCUUUGAGAACAAUAUUUUUAAACAGUCACAAACAGUUUCAGUCAGUUGAAUAUCAAUUAUGCUUUAUGUUCUUUUCUUUUAACGUACAAUAAAUUUCCUGCUUAACACAGACACGUUUUAGCAAGGAUUUUCGCUAUUCAAUAUAUUUUUUUUCAAAAUGUACAUUGUGAUAUUAGGUGUGUUGUGGGUAUAUCAUUUUCUGGUAAUAAGUGUUUCCACACAAAGCUUAAAAUACAAGGAUGUCGGGAACCAGACCAAUUUUCACUUUGAAAACUGUAACCGGUCUGCAACUCCAUUUUACGUGCAGCUCUUAAAACUGUAUCCAGAUCCGAUCAAUCUUCAAAUGGGUGUCAUGCGUCUUUCUAUAGAAUUCAGUUUGGAGAGAGAUGUUGGAAAAGACAACAAUAGAAUAGAUGUUGAUUUGAAUUGGAGACUAAAAACUUCUGAAGGCUACACGGAACUGUGUGACAUUAUCGGGGAGAAUAAUUGCCAUUUUAAUGACUUGUGUGCAGAACUUAAAAAAAUCAUGGACCGUGCUCCAAACACAUGCCCAGCAUUUAUGAAGGAAAAGUAUCAUAAUAACUGUUCGUGCCCAUUUUUAAAGAACGAUUACACAGUACAUAAAGUACCAAUAUUUUUUAAAAGCUUGCCCAUUCAACUAAGGGGGACAUUCGACCUAACAAUCAAUUUACAAGAGCAAGGAACACAUGUUGGUUGUGUACGAAUUGAAUUCUGUAUCACCGAUUGUACGCCACUAGGAGGAUGAUACGUCAGUUUUGCCGCCAAAUUUAAGCGAAUACCAAAUCAGCAAUAAUGUAUAAUGUUUUGAAUGACCUUAGGCAUAUGGAUUGGCAUACUGAUAUUCAACAAUUGAAAAUCUGGUUCCAUAUUAAAUCAAUUGCAAAAUGAAGCAUAUCCGAACAAUAGAAACAAGGUGUUCUGACCUCAACUGAAAUGUAAUUUCAAAUGAUCGAAUGAAUAUUUUUGACAAUGAUUAUACGUUGGAGUUGAAUAACUGACACAGGACAUUUGAAAUGUUGUACAAAGUAUAUAACUGUUACAAUUUUUUUCACUAUAAAUCUGGUAUUCAAGGUGAAUUUUAUAUGUUAUAUCUGUUUAUUGUCAGUAUAUACUCUUGUAUUAAUAAAUAUUUUCUUUCAUUAA